AGGUAUGUGUUGAUACUGUGGUGUCAUUUCACUGUGUAUUAACUUAGAUAAUGUAUCCAUAAUUGUUUUCUCAUUGCUCUUGUGAGAUAUACAAACAACAACAGUAAUAAUGCUUAUGUUUGGUAUUGUUAAAUUUGUGUUUCACAUGACAAUCUGUUAGUUAUACAGCAGUGACAGUGAUUGCAUUAACUGUCAAUGAUAGCAUUUUGAGAAACACCAUCUGAUAAAACAUCUUAAAGGACAUCAAUUAAUCAUUCAUGUGAAUUUGCCAAACAGGCAAUCUGCAAGCUUUCUUCACCAAACGCUAUGGGAUCUUUAAAGCAUGACUUGCUCACCUGUGAGGACCAGAAAGAAGGUACAUUUGCCAACAUUCCCUAAAUGUUAAUAUAAGAAAAUGUAUUCAAAUGUAUUCAUUUUUUAUCCAAAGCGACGUAUAGGGGGAAAUUUUAACCCGCUACCUCUUGAUCUGCUGUAAAACACUCAACCAAUGAAACAAUGUUUAAGGCCUACCAACAACUCCCUAACAACCAUUGUAGGAAUUAUUAUUAUUAGUAUUUCAUCAUUAUAAUAUUCUAUACUGUUUGUCUCAAGAACUUGACGAAGCACAGUUUAUGACAUGCGAAAGGAUGCAAAUCUAUAGUCCUUAGUAUCACAUAAUACACACUGGUAUUGUGAAUACCACGUGAUUGUGAUAAAAAGAAAUAGAUAUUGGUUAUCAAACAUGACCGUAUUUGUCUUAGUUAAUGUGGUGGGUGCCAUAAGUAUUUUAGGUCAGAAAUCAAUUAUCAUAUUUGCUGCUGUCUUUUCAGUGUCAACACUAUUAAGUACAAGACCAGUUUCCUACAUGACUGAGCAGACCACUCAAAAUGUUCCAUAAAAUCUCCACAAACGUACCUGUGGAUAUUUUUUUACAUUUUGAGUAGUAGCUCAGUUAUAAUAGGAAACUGGUCAAGGUGUACAACUAAUCCUGAACAACAGAGGGUUGAGGUCUUCUCCAUGUCUGCCACAGUUAGCCUACAUGAAAGUAUUUCAUGAAUGGUGCUAAUGAAGUGAAGAGACCAAGAGUCUUUACAAUGAGCUCACCUGCUGGCUUCUCAAGGUAAUGGAACUGUAUACAACAUGGCUGAAUAGCAUCUCUGCACAGGAUGCCUUACUUGUGUCCCUUCCAUCCACUUACACAAGGAAGAGAUGUGUGUAAUACGAAGGUUCUCACAGUUGAUCAAUCACCAGCAAAAGUAGGGCAGUGGGAUCUAAGACCCAAAAUGAAAUGGAAUCAAACAAAUAUUUGCCCAGAACAUACGUUUUGCAAAAACAUGUUUUGGAAACAUACUACAACAGAUUUCAUUACCUUUCUUAUCAUAGGAUAUAUUUUGUACUUCAAAAUAUAUGUUGGGAUUGACAUAUACAUGGACAAUGUUGGGAUACACUAAAAUCGGAUUUACAAGACUGACACUGAAGCUCUGAACUUUUUAGGUCAUUGAUGUUGCAAGCUAAACAACAGAAUAUCCAAGUCAAACAAACUUAAAUCAGUUCUGUCGAACACCAUCAACAAGAACCAGUCAGAAACAGCUACGGUCACAUGGACAUUCAGCCUUCCCCAUCCAAAGCCCCCACUCGUCCGCACUCCCAGGCGCCACCGUGCCGCCACCUCCAAAUUACUGGCUGCCGCCUUCUGGGUUGUGUGCGGUCUCUAAGCAGUCUCCUGUGCCUGUCCUACCCCCGGGUGGUUCCCCGGACCUGCUCCGGCCCCCGGGCUGCCCCCCGGACCUGCUCCGGCCCCCGGGCUGCCCCCCGGACCUGCUCCAACCCUGGACCUGCCCAGACCCUCUGCCUUGCCUCCGCCUCCGGGCCGCCCCCCUUGAAGAGGACAGAUGUUGUGAAGUGCCUUUCACAGAUAGAAGACAUGGUUUCAAAGCAUCGGGGCGAGCUUAUUCCACUUACUAAACCUGCUGGUUAUUCCUUGAGAAUCGGAAGUCUACAGGACACUGUCCAUGCUGAAAGUGAAGAUCAGUUACAGGUUUGGGAAGACUGCUAUCUUGCGGAUGGAAUGAAAAUGGUCGUCCUUGGCGUGUUGGAUGACUGUUCAGCAGCAGAUGGGCAGCUGGUCUUACUAUUAUGUCAGGAUGGCAACGUUUACGCAUACGAAUUUGAGGUUCUGCACCUGGUUGCCAGAAGCUUGAAGGACCUGUUUGACUCAGGGGCUGAGUUUCCAGGACAAAAGUCUUUCAGAUUUGGGGAGUGUUUUAAUGAUGUGACUGACGAAGAAUGGGACGAGGUGAUGCAGUGUGAUGAAAUCAUGAAAAUCAAGGAGGAACAUGACAAGUUUCAACAAUUGUUGAUGGAACAGAUGCGGGAGAAUCUUGAUGCCAUAGAAAAAAGGAAGAAAUCAGAGUGUCAGUCAGUAAAGAGAAAAUCCUCCUCGAGAAGAGAAGAGAAAAAGCAUGAUGAUGCAGAUCAACUUACAAGAAAAAGUCAGAGGUGUGGCGGAAAUACGAAACAAAACAACAAACAAAACCGCAGACCCAUGGUUGGAGUGAAUACUCGAUGUCUGCAGGGGUGUCCAUUAUAGGGUGAUAACGGACACCUACUAUGUAAUUGCAGCAAAACUGUAUUUUCACGGUUCUAAAUGAUUCCGCUGGCUACAUGAGCCUGUACAAAGUGUCUGAAAUAAGUAACCAUAACAACAGGGACGGAGUCAAAGCCUCCAUUUACAAUUUUGAAAGACUUUAACAAGCUAACUUGUAUUUACAACAAUGAGUGACUUACGUGUUACGUCGUUGUUAGAAUAAGCUUCAAAGGGGGUUAUUUAUUAACCUUUGUGUUAUCUUCGGGUCAUUCUGACCCAUAAGUCAUUGUGACCCACCGUCGUAUUGCGACAACUUUACCGCAUACAAAAACAAAGUGAAGCAUUUUCUUUUAACCGUGGGCUGUCUCAGACCCCCCACAUUGCAUUUUUUUAGCAAUCACGCUAAUGUGUUCUUCAUGCCAAUCCAACACACCUAACCCCUCUGUGAUCAACCCUAGCCUCACACUGACACACCCUUCCCAAGUUCCUAUAGCCAAACUAUGAUCUCAUGUAGUUGAUUUCCAUUUCAAUUUUAGAGCUUUCUCAGAAGAGACCUUUCCUUAAACUAUGGCAACAUGUCGACACGUUCUAGUCAUUAUCAGCCACCUGUCUACUGCCACAGGACUAGCAAAUGAUGCAGAUGCACACUAUGGACAUUGAAACAACUUAACAUGGUGUGACUUAUCUUGCUUAGGUGGAGUUAUAAAACCAAACUGACUUCUGUGGUCAUGAGUCAGUCUCACGUAAACAAUGCAACUAAACAGGUAUGGCGGGUAAGUUCAGAUCACCAUGCCAAGUUUCUGGUUCAUACCACGUCAAUCCAGGGUAGUAUCGCUUUAUGUUCAAUGAAGGACAUGCUUUUUAACCUUUGUCUUUUCUACAGAAGCCAUACUUUAGAAAUCUCCAUCUGAGUUGUUGAGAUAUCCUUGAAGCCUCUUCGGGUCAUUCUGACCCAUCAGUCAUUGUGACCCACCGUCGUAUUGCGACAACUUUACCGCAUACAAAAACAAAGUGAAGCAUUUUCUUUUAACCGUCGGGCUGUCUCAGACCCCCCACAUUGCGAAGGUUAAAAGAAAAUCAUUUUUAUUUGUUUUUGUAUUUGGUAAAAUUGGGUAAACACAACGAUGGUUCGUUAUGAACCUUUGGGUCAUGUGACCCGAAGGCAGCACAAGGGUUAAAUCAACUAAGUUUGGUUAAGUCAACUGUUUGUCCACUUUUGAUUAAUGGUCGAGUCAUUCAGAUCACCACAUUCAUUUAAUUGUCAUCAAUUCAUCCAGUCAUCAAUUGAUACUCAACAUUUCUACCAUGUGUGUACUUUGAUGAUUGACAAUCAAAUUAAAAUCUAAUUGAUAUAAUCAAAUCCCUGAAGCGCAUUGUCUACAGUAAAUUAAAGGCUGCGUUCCAACGCCCUCUAGUGAGUCAUCUACUACUACUAAAAUGAUGUUGCACACGUCAUGCAUUACAUUACAUUUACAAUUAGUCAUGCAAACAUGCAUGUGAUGCAUAAACUACUUCAAAUUUAAUUUAUUUAGAGUGUAUUACAUCUUUGGGUCUUGUGACAGCCAUAACAAAGAUAUGUUAUUAUAAUUUAAUAUUACAUACAGUAUAAUCAUUUUAAAUUUUUAUAUAUAAAUUAUUGUAUUUCCUGAUUGUAUAGUAUGGUAAAAUGUGUAGUUAUAAUUCCUCAAAUACUUUCAGUAGCAACUGUAACAGUUUUGAGCUCAAUUCCCUCACACAGUGUGUUGUAAGGUGCACUGUGUAGAAGCACCUGUUGUACCAGAGCAGCAAGGAAGAUUACUCCUGGCCCACCUUGAGUGUGCAAUAGCCCCAGAGUCGCUCUGUCAUCCAGUCAGAUUAGCCACUCACCUACCCAGCCCAGAUUAUUCUACUUUGACAGGCCUAAUCCCCACAUGCCAAGCAAGAGGGCCACAUCACGUCUCACCACGAAGGCAAGACUUAAUCCCAAUCUGAGAGACAAAGAGAGACUAGUUAGCACAAUCCACUUGGAUUAUCAAUGACAAUGACCCUGAGGAGUGUGGUAGACCUCACCCCAAAUAGAGGAGAUAAAAAAAAGAAUUAUAGAUCCACAAAAAUACACUUAAAAAGUAAAAUACCAGCGAUGUAUAGCAAUGUUGUCUUUUAUUCUGAUUUCCAAUAAACAGAGAAUAUAUCAGUCCCUUAUUUGUACAAAAAUACCUGAACAGGAUACAAUAGAAGAUCCAUAAGCCAUUCAGACAUUUACAUAAUGAAGCAAAGCACAAUAUGAACACAGGGGUUGGUCUUGCCAAAACGGAUAAAUGUAGUUUCUACUGUAUCACUCCCUGAAAUAGGCCAUCUUUUCAAACAAUGCUUUUGAGUGGCCCAAUUCUCACUCGAGAAUAAUCCGUGCAACUUGAAAGCUUCGCUCGCACCUUACAUGCUAAUAAAACAGUUGUGAACGAGUUCAAGUUGUGUGUGCAAACCUCAAUUCAGGAUGUAUUCCAGUAUGUUUUGAUGGAUCAUCACAGCUGCUGUGAUUUAACUAAAGGACGGGCGCCACCCAAGGUUGGUUGGCUUGGUGCGGUGGCCUGUUAGCCAGAAUAACGUCAAACACAGAAAAUAGGCACCUGUUGCAAUAUUAGGCUUGUUUAUACCAGUAUCAGAGUAAAUGCAGAAACAACAAACCUCUUUUUGGUGGGCUACAACUGCACUACUGAAUCAGAAUGCAAAGCUAGCACUGAAAAUGCUCGUUGAAUCCAACCAUCUGAAACACCUACCUCUACUCUUCCUCUGUGGUUCCUAGUCCAGGAGUGCACCGGACUUCAGACCUGUUGUCAUAGGAACACUUUGCUUUACAUCACACUGCCCAGAACCAGCAUACACCUGACAGCUCACCAGGGUCCCAGUGAUGAGGUGGUUAACAGGCCUGGUUUGGAAACAGUUACGGGGAUUCAGAAGCUAAAUCUGGAUGGUUUGGGGCCAGAGAGAGAAGGCUCAGGUCACUCCUAAAUGAAUGAGGGUUUGAGCCAGAUGUGGUCAACUGUUAAGGGUUAGAUCAAGUCUUGGUCUCCACAUUCUGAAAGCCUGUCAGCUUAUAUAUUUGAUUCACACUAAGAUUUUUGACGCACGCCAAAAGUCCAGUUUUCGAUCACUAAAAAUCUGCUUAAUUUAAUACUGUAUAUAUCAUGUUAUAUUCUUUUUCUUUAUAUAAAAAGGUCA